UGCUUUAUGUAACUUUAUUUGGCUUGAGAAAUGAACACACUCCAAGUGUAUAGUAUUGUGUGCAGAAAGAAGGAGAAUGGUGAAACAUAGUGCGGUUAUGGUAGGGUCGCUAACUUUCCGCGUCCUCGUGUAACGCGGUGGGCCCGCUGCCCGGUAAAGAUUCCCGGGUCGGACUCCUUGUCGUUUUCACGGAGGGAGUGUAAUCAGUAUAUGAAAGCGUUGUUUGGAGCCGUUGAACAAAGAGCUUUUCUUCCCUCUACUAUUGUUACGGACUGGGACGGCUGGUAUCCCUCCGAUCCAGAGGCGGUCUCGAACCGUAAAAGUGAGGGGUGCCCUGUGCUCCAGUCAUGACCUCUGGGAAUGGGAACACUAACAGCACCCAAAACAAUGGAGAGAGUAAACCUGCCCAGGCCAUAGUCAAGUCUCACAUCCUCACCCAUCUCAUAGAAGGCUUCGUUAUCCAAGAGGGUGCAGAGCCUUUCCCUGUGGAACGUCCAUCUUUCUCAAUAGAGAAUCUAAGAAGAUAUACACCAGAUUCAAAGAUGGACAGCCUGUCAACAAAGGAGGUAAAGGGCCAGCAGGAGCCCAUGCUGACCUGUGAAUUAUGCGGCAGGGUGGAUUUUGCCUACAUCUUCAAAAGAUCUAAGAGGUUCUGUUCUACGGUGUGCGCUAAACGUUACAAUGUGGGAUGCACAAAGCGAAUGGGUCUGUUCCCGAACCGCAAAACCACCCUGGAGAACAUGAAGAAGCAAAAAGCUGUGAAUGGAAACCACAAAAACACCAUCAUAGACUCUAAAAAGAAGACUGCUCCCUGUGUUCAGAGGCCUGCUGCUGCUCUGCCUACUGCUCACUCAGUCCACCCUGCACAGGAGGAUUCAAAUCAGUGUUCAGAUUUGUCCCUCUACAAAAGACCCCCGUCCCCCGUGUCAGUUCCCCAGCGCCUGCCUGUGACACAAGGCUCUGAGCUGCCACUGCUGCACCAUGGCUUCCUGCCCAGUGAUCCGGGGCAGUGGAACAUAGGGGACGUUUACGAGUUCAUCUCGUCUCUGCCAGGCUGCCUGGAAAUUGCCGAGGAGUUCCGCUCUCAGGAGAUCGACGGGCAGGCCCUGCUGCUGCUGAAGGAGGACCACCUAAUGGGAACCAUGAACAUCAAACUGGGGCCUGCACUCAAGAUCUUUGCUCAGAUCAGCAUGCUCAAAGACUCAUAGUUCAUCUCAUCCAAUACAUACACAGCUCUCAAUGGCAGCUCAGCUAUUACUGCACUAACAGGACGUGCUCAGGAUUCCCCAUGUUAAAUAGUUCUCGGCUGAAUUCAGGUCCCAAGACAAUUUUUAUUGAUGGAUAUUUUGUAACUGUCUCCCGACCUAAUGGCCGUCAGCUCCAACAUUUACACUGAAAACUUCACUGUGCCCUGUGGUUGGGAGGGCUGCUGUGUUAGCUAGGCAGUGUAGAAAAAAGUUUGAUUACGAAUACAUUUAGUUUUUUAUAGUGUUUAUUGUACCUUAAGUUUAGCAUUUCAUUUGUUCUGGAGGGUGACUGUGAAGAUUUCAAACGUGUGCCUACUGUUUCAGUAAAAUACACUUUAUUCAA